GGGGGAGAAAAAGCCCCUCGUAGCUCACAGUUUCGAGAGGCUCACUUGCUGGAGCUGCUGGAGAAGGAGACAUGGCUUUAGCAGAUCCGGAGCGUGGCGUGUCCGGCGGCGCGGACUCUCCGACCCCGUUCGCUGAGAUUAUCGAGCUGAACGUGGGCGGACAGGUGUACGUGACCAGGCACAGAACUUUGGUGGCCGUGCCGGACUCUCUGCUGUGGAGCAUGUUCAGCAAGAAGACGCCGCGGGAGCUGGCGCGGGACAGCAAGGGGCGCUUCUUUUUGGACCGGGACGGCUUUCUGUUCCGCUACAUCCUCGACUACCUGCGGGACCUGAACCUCGUCCUGCCCGACUAUUUCCCGGAGAAGAGCAGACUGCAGAGGGAGGCGGACUUCUUCCAGCUGCGCGAGCUCUCCAAGCGCCUGAGCCCCAGAGUGAGUAAGGAGAACUCCAUCAGCGAGGAGCUGUGCCACAGCGAUUGGGACGAGGCGCCCGCGCAGGGCACGGCGGGAAACAACGGGCCGGGGGGCGCGCUGCUCGCGCCUUCGCCAUCUCAGUCCGCCUCUCCUUCGCUCUCACAGGAGAACAAGAAGUCCGGCUACAUCACGGUGGGGUACAGGGGCUCCUACACCAUCGGGCGAGACAUCCAGACCGACGCCAAGUUCAGGCGCGUGGCGAGGAUCACCGUGUGCGGCAAGACGUCUCUGGCCAAAGAGGUGUUCGGGGAGACCCUCAACGAGAGCAGAGACCCCGACAGGCCUCCAGAGAGGUACACGUCGCGCUACUACCUCAAGUACAAUUUCCUCGAGCAGGCGUUUGACAAACUGACAGAGUUCGGCUUUCGCAUGGUCGCGUGCAGCUCCACCGGCACGUGCGCGUAUUCCAGCAAUGAGCCGAGUGAGGACAAAAUCUGGACGAGCUACACGGAGUACGUGUUCUGUCGAGACUGAGCUGGACGCUUGUGUAAAUACUGUAGGGGUCACGGACAGCAGGCUAGCGCCUCCACAUCUGUCCAGAUGUUGUGCUGUUUUGGCUAGACGGCUUUGCUUAAAGGGGAAUUCCACCAGUCUUAUAACAUUUCUCCACAAUUCAGGUGUCCUUCAGAGUGGUUUGAUGUGAAAUGAAGCACUU